GGUACUGUGGCUCCAUCGUGGCAAGAAAUCAUGGUCGUGGCCACAGUCGUAUCAAAUGAAUGAGUUCCACUGCCUCGUCUUAAUAAUAAGCGCGAUAGAGCCUGCAGGCCAUACUCUAGUAAUUUGUAUAGCUAAAGAUUUCUAGCCAGUAACGGAUAAGCCUCAACUCUAAUGAAGGUAUCCUGUCAGCGUGGAGCCACUCGAUCGUCUCACUCCACAAACUUUUGAAUCGAUCGAAAAAAGAGGCACAAUGGCGCUUUUCCUCCUCUUUCGGCCACUAGCCAGCCUCUCUCCGUUACCUCAUGUGCAUCCUCUCAUUGACUAUCCUAUGGCGCCGCUUUGGUGGUGAAAUAUUGAGGGCUUUCAGGAGAAGAAGAAGAAGAAGAGGUCGAUUCAGUGCUCCGGAUCUCACUCUGCAAGAUCUGGCUCUCCACUCUCCGGCUCUCCACUCUCCGGCUCUCCAAUCUCCGGCUCUCCACUCUCCUCUCCAGCCUCCAUUCACUGACUCAAGAUGGACAUCAAACGGACUGGUGACAGCCACUUGUUUUCUUUCUACCACCUUGACUUGAGUAUCGAUGAGGAGACCAAGCCAAAGCCUUCGCCUGCCACAACCAGAGCCAUGGCUUCAUUGCUGUCGAACCUGGAUAUGCUAGUGGAAGUGUGUGAUGAAGACUGCACUUUCCUCUGGAGAUUCAAGAAGAACCAGUAUCUGACUGUUGAGCAGGGCAGGAAGGUUGGUACUCAUCUGUCAGAGAAGGUGGCUGACAAGGAUUCCAGACUUGUCAGCUUUGGAUUCUCACCCCUUUCAGGAAGAGAGCUUGUUAUGAAAACUGACAGAGGCAUUGAGAUUGUGUUCAUUUUGCCUGCUGGCCAGGGCCGCUUUGUUGAGCCAACAGGCCCAGGAGCAGAUCCAGGAGCAGAGGUGGUUGUGGUGGCUGAACCUUGUCUUACUCCGGUUGAGGUGGCUCCAGUGAAGCCUCCUGCUGCCUUGAAGAAGCCUCCACCUAUGUCUAUUGCAGUCAAGCCUGUCCCUGCUGCUGUUGUUCCUGUCAAGAAGUAGAAACCACACAACAACAAACGACGAGAAAGCAGUGGCACCUUGGAACCUUGGGAU